AUUCCCGACUUUUCUGAUUUUGGCUUAUAUCAACGGUCAAGAAUCGUCAAUUUAACAUUGAUCAUCGUAAAGUGGGGUCAUCCUCCUAUAAAAACCACAAGAUUUAGAUUACAGGGAUGGCAAAGUAAAGAAUAUCUGCGUCGGUUGGAUAUGGACUUGAGGAAACCCUCAAGAAAUCUCGGACCGACAUUAAUUCAUCAAGAUUCUCUGCCAUAAAUAUUAGUUCAUAAUCUUCAUCCUUUCAACCCAAUAAGAGAAAAGAUCAUUGUUUAGAGACUGCAGUCCAGAUUGUGAGAUGGGAAAUUGUGUGUUCAAAGGAUUUGAAGAAAUGGAAGAAAUGAUAAAAGUGGUUACUUCAAACGGAGGCAUGAUGGAGCUCUACGCACCCAUCACCGCUGAAAACAUAACCAACGAGUUCCCAGGCCACGCCAUAUAUCGCACACGUGACUUCUUCUCUCAACCUCUUCUACACAACGAAGAGCUCCACGCAGGCAACUUAUAUUAUCUCCUGCCACUCAACGACAAGUUAACAAAGCAAAACACCGAUCUGUCAUCCUCUUCGUCAUCUAUAGUAACACCGUAUCGCAUGUCUCUUGAUAAUCAGAAGAUAUUAAAGAGAAGUGAGGCAGAAGUGUUACCAAGGUAUAACAGCAGUGGUGUUUGGAAGGUUAAGCUGGUUAUAAGUCCAGAGCAGUUGGCAGAGAUAUUGGCACAGGAUGCUCGAACAGAAGCAUUAAUUGAGAGCGUGAGGACAGUGGCUAAGUGUGGUAAUGCAGUCUCUUCUUCGGUGGCUAAUUCCGAUCAAUGGAGUGUGUCUAGUAGUUGGAAGGGACUGUCAGAGAACCAUGGUGUUGAUACUUAGUGACACAAAAUUGAACAUCUUUUAUUUUGCAUUUGUAUUUAACGUCUACCUUCGUUCAUGGUUUAUAAUUAUUCCAGUAAAUAGCUAUGAUGUCUAGUAAUUAACAAUAUUGCAUCUGAAUUUUGAAGU